AUGCCUAAGUACUACUGCGAGUAUUGUGAUAUCUUUCUCACGCACGACAGCUCUUCGGUGCGAAAGGCUCACAACGCGGGAAAAAACCAUAUCGCCAAUGUCCGGAACUAUUAUGCAGAGAUCGGUCAGGAUAAGGCACAAGCAAUCAUUGAUGAAAUCACAAAGGCAUAUGAAAACUCUGCUGCAGUGUUGCCUCCUCAAUACUCUGGUUAUCCACAACCUUCCAUGGGACCACCUUAUGGUGCUCCUCCACAUAUGAUGGGUCGUCCACCUAUGCCACCACCACCACACAUGAUGGGUCGUCCACCACCACCAGGAUAUCCAUUCCCACCUCCUCCUGGAAUGAUGCCACCUCCAGGUCAACGCCCUCCACCACCUGCUCCAUAUGGUCAAGGACGUCCACCACCACCACCAUCUGGUUAUUAUAGUCCUCAGGGAGGUUCACCCUACCGUCCUCAAUCAUCACCUCCACCCACAUCAGGUCCACCCAUGCAUGCCCCUCCUCAUUCUUCACCUCCACCUCCACCUCCAUCAUCCCAAUGA